AUGACAAAGGCUGUAAUGGUGAGGUGUUAUCUGCUCUGUUUAUUAACUCUUGCACUUUGUUGUGCUUGCGGAUUGGUAUGGGCUGAACCAAUCAAGUAUACUAUGAAUCAAAGCGGUAUGUUGGUCGUUUGUUUUCCUCCAUCGGAGGCUGUUCUUCUUGAUAAUGGAACUCCUGACUGUGUUGUCAAAGAUCGUAAAAUCGAAGAACCUGAAAGUACCUCUGACAAGGUGAGACAACAAGAAGGACAACAGUUGAAAGAAAACAAACCGGUAGACGCUAAAACAAAUACAGGGAGGGAAUCACAUAUGGAUACAGAUCAACUCACAAAUAGAGAGAACAAAGACUCAAAAGGAUCAGGUGCUAAUGAAGGGAAAGAGAUAUCUGCUAAUGCACCUCCGAGUUCACCUGAGACUUCUUCCAACACAUCACCCUCAGAGGAAGCAACUGUUCAUCAAACUACACAGGAAUCCAACGAUACUCCCAAUAAACAAGUUCCUGCAGCUACUAGUGGUGAACGUUCUAAUGAACCUUCUGGCGCCGCACCUGCUUCUCCCAAUACAUCUUCUACACCUGGUGAUGGCAGCAGUAGUGCACCUGCACGUAACGGUCAACUAGACGGUGCAGCACCACAACCUUCUUCUCCUUCUCCAACCAAUUCAGCCACAGAGAGUACCAGUGGAUCUGAUGCUGCAAAUACUGAGAACGGGACUUCGUCUGCAGGGACUGAGGCAACAAGUAACCAAAAUGAGGGAGGAAAUACAAAUACAACGACGACCACAACAACAACAACAACAACAACAACACUUCCUCCUGAACUCACAAAUAACAAGAAGGGUGAUGCAGACAGCAGCAGCAGUAUCAGCAGUUCUGUGUGGGUGCGUGUACCACUACUGAUUUUGGUUACACUGGCCUGUAUUCUUGUGUGCUGA